AUGACGGGAUUCAGCAGGGGCGGGCCGACAAGGAGAGCCUCGCAUGGCGGCUCGGUUACCAAGUGGAAUGUUGGUAAUGCGCAGGACGUUGACUGGAGGAAGCUCUGGAGUCUGGUUGCAAGUGAGGGAUGGAUCGCAAGAGGAAGUUCCCGCCUGCCCCGCGCCGAUGACAAGUACCUCUACGCCCCGGGAGUUGGGGACGACGCCUGGAUCUCUCGCGAUGAGCUGGACUGA